AUCACCGGUGGCAGUAGAGAGUACAGGGACUGGGCAAAGUCCACUUGUCACUAAAUACUGUGAAUUGUUUAAAAGUUGCUUCUAAGUGUUUUUCUUUCCCAUUAUUAUUCCAAACAUGCCUGAAAUUUAAUUUACAAUUUCUACGUCACUGGGGGAGCACAUUUGUACUGUAUUUAGCGAGGCUAUCUUAGUCGUCUGAUCGUAACAUUCAGAAGUAACUGCGGGGAAGUUAUUGUGCUUUACGUAUACACUGUGUGGAUGAUAGCAUAUAUUUUUUUAAAUUCACAACACUAGUGUUCAAAAUAUGCGCUAUUGUGUCUUAAUCCCUUCCUACAUACGAUGAAUAAGGCAUUCUAAUGCAUAAAGUGAACAUGAGUGCCGCCCUCAAGUUAAAACGGAAGUGAAUAUGAGGGAGUAUCCUUGGUUUAGAAUCUCAAAUGACAAGAAACUAAGUAGCUUCGCGCAUGCUCGGUGUAAUGUAAAAGUGAUUACGGCAGUAAGGCCGUUCGUCUUGGUGGCGUUUUUAAUAAACAGCGCCUCUCUGUGGGCAAAUCCCAUAAAAAUUGGCAAAAUAACAAAUUGGCGACUUUUUGGGAGCUCCCUAAAAUAUUAAGAGAGAAUCACGUCAAAGGCAGAAGCUUACAUUUGAUUAACGCCAUCUCAGACCUCCAAGUGGAGCUAAUUCGACUGCGGCGGCUACUGCGUGCUCGAAGCUAAAUGGUUUAACAGUGGACUGAGCCGAAUAAGCCACGAUGACGACUACGGUGGUGCCGUCCUCUUCUCCGCCGCCGAGCAGCCGCCCAGUUGCUCACGCCAAAAGUCCGAGCACGCAGAGGAUCCACAAGCUAGUGGCGGUGCCCGGGUGCAAACCAAACACGCUCAACGACCUGCUACUCCUGCGGCCCGGAAAUGGACACGAGUCUCAAGAAAACAACUGCAGUAAUAGCAAACAUGUGGUGUUUUUCCACGGCGACAUUCAGAACUUCCAGGAGGAGAUGUCCUUGGAGCCGGAGUGCGCCCAGUGGCUGCCGUGGAGUCUGGAGCAGGUGGGCGUGACGCUGGGCCGCCGCUUUCCUGGGCACCACGUGUGGGUGGUGCGCGCCUCUCGCAUGUACCUGCACAAGUUCAGCAGUUACUGCAACUUUGUGGAGAGCAACAUGUUUGGUGCCCCGGAACAUGCCCCGUACUCACCCGAUGGUGGAGCGCUUCGCCACCUCAGGGCUUUACUGAUCCACGGGAUGGAGCGAGCCGGCUUGCCAAACACCAUCCGACCUCCGGGAGGUGGCACCGGCACCCUUGCCAGGUUCUCCCUGAUUCUGGUGGGUUUCAGUAAAGGUUGCGUUGUCCUCAACCAGGUGGUGCACGAGUUGGGCGGUGCCCUGGCGGAUCCGCACCUGUCAGACUUUGCCGGAAGCCUAUCGGACAUGUUCUGGCUGGAUGGCGGCCACCCAGGGGGGAGCGAGACCUGGGUGACGAACAGAAGGUUGCUGGGCCAACUGGCCAACAGCGGGAUCGGGCUCCAUGCCCACGUGACACCCUACGAGGUCCGGGACCCCAUGCGGGCCUGGGUGGGCCGAGAGCACGCUUGUUUCGUGAAGACCCUGGAGGAGUUUGGGGCACGUCUGUAUGACAAACUCCAUUUUGAGGAUGAACCGCCCUCCAUUGAAAACCACUUUAGGAUCAUUCAGGAAUUCUGAGGCCUUUUUAACCAUUCUGUUGGAUCUGUCCAUCAGGAUCUUCUGGGUACUAAAUUGCCUCAAAGUAUGAACAUUUUGAGGAUUCAGCAUGAAAAAAGGGUACGCUCUAAUUCCUUUUGAAUUUGUUGAAACUGGCGCCUUCCUUCAGUGGAAAGAAGUUUUUCCAGGCACUUUACUUAGAAUGACGCAUUUUGACCCAUUUAAAAAGAAAAAAAAGUUCCCUGUGUUUUCAUUUAAAUUAUAGGCUUUGUGUACGCAAGACAGUCUUCAUUUAAACUUGCACUCGUGAUCAGCUAUGUUUACAGGCUUUGAAACCACAGUGGCUGCCUUGUUUUUUUCCUUCAGUUUAGAUUGUGUGACUGAUUAUGAGGGCAACAGUAGUCUGAAUAGACUGAAAGGAUGUUAUUCUCAUCUUCUUUAGUUCUAGUCUGGUGGUGUGUUCAUUUGAAAGGAGCCAUCAAUGUGUACGGAUUAGAAUGCUGUUUCCCACUAUUGCUGCACUAUGACCCUGGCGGUCACGUUUGCUAACAUAAAAAAGCGAAUCAUUCCAUUUUGAGAGAUCUGAGAGAGAUGUGAAAAUUAAAAUACUCUUGUCGCGGGUCAAAUAGACCCUUUUAAUGAAAAAACAAGAAAAUGUUAAUAAAGAUAAUUGCAUUAAACCUC